GGAGCCCGUGGCCGCGCCUGCUCCCGCCGGGGGCUCGUCGCUUGCCGGGCCGUGGCCAUGGGGGAGGCCGAGGUGGGCGGCGGGGGUGCGGCGGGCGACAAGGGCCCAGGGGAGGCGGCCACCAGCCCGGCGGAGGAGACGGUGGUGUGGAGCCCCGAGGUGGAGGUGUGCCUCUUCCACGCCAUGCUCGGCCACAAGCCCGUCGGGGUGAACCGACACUUCCACAUGAUUUGUAUCCGGGACAAGUUCAGCCAGAACAUUGGGCGGCAGGUCCCAUCCAAGGUCAUCUGGGACCAUCUAAGCACCAUGUAUGACAUGCAGGCACUGCAUGAGUCUGAGAUUCUUCCAUUCCCGAAUCCAGAGAGGAACUUCGUCCUUCCAGAAGAGAUCAUCCAGGAGGUCCGAGAAGGAAAAGUGAUUAUAGAAGAAGAAAUGAAAGAGGAGAUGAAGGAAGAUGUGGACCCCCACAGCGGGGCUGACGAUGACUAUAACACCAGGAGGACGUGGCCUUCGUGCCCCCGCCAUGCACGUGCCCACCUGGGAAGCUACGAACCAGACACUUUGCCUCAUUCACUUGUACUAACAUUAAAGCACAAAAUAUCAACCUGGACUUGUGUGAUGUUGAUACCAAAGUAAGUUUCCUCCAGUAGGAAGUUUUAUUUUCCCAAGAUUUAUACCUAAAGCAUACACUUAGAUAUAUUGACAUUCAUUUGAUACGAUGUAUAAAUGUAAAUAAAAUAGUAACAGAUUCAGAGUGUUAUUUUGUUGACUAUGACAAGGACUCAACUACACACUUGUCUGGAGAGCAGAGCAGGGAGGGGCCGCAGCCCCUGGGCACAUCCUGAGAAGGUCUCUUCUGCCGGAUGAGGCUGCCUGGCUGAGCCUGUCCUUGGCUAAGUGAAGCCAGCCAGCCUUCAUGCCCUGUGUGUCUUCAUCCUGACACUCCACAGGGGACUGAAUUCCUUUCCAACCAGUGUAGCUUCCCCCACCACCUGGAGAAGUGUCUGGUGAUUGGUGGAGUCCCCUCAUAGUGCUGUGAUCACAGGGCACAGGCAGAGACACAGCAAAGCCAGGACCUCCAAACGAUGAGAGUGCCCAUUGUGGGAUCCGAGGCUGGUUUGGACCAGACCCGUCCAAGGCAGGACAGUUCUGUGGCCUUGAACAUAUCACUUUCAUCUGGCUUCCCCAGAACAGGAAAAAUGUCUUGUGCCUGCCCAAGAAGCAGCUGGUCUCCUGGCCUGCCCAGCCCACUGUGCACUCCAAGGUUAUACCAGCUGCUUGGGGGGUACCCUGUGUGCCACCUAUCUGCAGAGCAUUCUGCCACACAGAAGAGGAACCUGGAUGGCCCCAAAGGCAUUAAGCCCAGCCUGAGCCCACCCCAUAGGCCUCCAGUCUGCAAUUUAAGCCUUUGGAGAUGCUGCUAUCCAAACACGGUAGUCACCAACCACACUCACCCCAAAUACUUAGCCCUGCAGUGAGCACUGCAUGUGUCUGCAGGAAGCAGCAAAUAUCAGCCUUGGGGCAGGGUCUGAGGGGACAUGCCCCUCUCCUUGUCCUAGUGUUCUGAGCGGUAUGUUCUCUCCAGUGAGGUCAGCCCUCAGGGCUUUGUGCCAGUGCCUGCCCUGGGGCUGUAACCUGUAGGGAAGCCUGGCUCUUAAAAGAGUGCUGAACUAGCAUGUGAACUCAGGAGCAAAUACCACCAGGAGGGGCCUGCUAACCCUCAUCUGAAAUCACACUUUCAGUGACCUUAGAAUGUGCUGGAAAAGCCUAGUUACCAAUUCUGCCUCAUUUCAAUUAUUUUAACAUUUUGCUGCACUUUCAGGAGAAAUAGGGGUGCCCAGGGCAAUCCCAGCAAGCAGAUGAGUGUCCCC